UACGAUUAUUAUAAAACAACUAGAAACGAGUACGAAGAUAUACAAAUUAAUUUAUUAAAAACUUAACACAAAAGGCUACAAAAUGUCCAUACCCUUCAGUGGAGCUUUAAAACGAUCGAAUGGGAUAAUUGCAGCUAUAAGCAAACAUUUGAAAAGUGUAAAUUUAAAAGGAGUUAAGAGAAUAACUGUUACGUUUGAUCCAUUUUCAGAAAAUGUGAGGUCUACAAGGGAUUUUCUAUCUUUGCUAUCAACUCCUAAAAUAUCUCUUACCAAUCCCAGCUGUGUCAUAAAAACAGAUGUGGUUUGCAAUCGUCAACCUUCGGAGGUGAAAUUUUCUUUAAUUGAUUCCGCACAAGAAAAAGCUCAAGUGAAAGAAGUCCGUUUUGUCAGCAGUAAUUUGACAACACUUGAACUCUUGCAGCUACUUAACAAGCACGUCUCAACGUUAGCGCCCGUUGAGGAGAUCACAUCCAAGGUAACUACUAAAGCAGAAAAACAAAAACUAGCAGGCGGUGCUGGUGGCAAAAAAGGAUCGAAGAAAAAAUAAAACUAAAGCUAAAUCAAAAGCAUAGCUAAAACCAUUUUACAUCAAGUGCUUCUUUUAGAGAUUUAAAAAAUGGUCAAAAAACAUAAAGGUACAUUAGCUGUAAUUGAACAGAUAUACGAAGAUAUACCAGCUUUUACCGACAUUUUCACUGAAGAAUCAUUUUAUACAUUCGUAUUUUGCUUUGUAUGUGCUACCAUUAUAGUAGCAUUCAUAUUAUCGAGAUUCAUUACUUUGAAACCUGUUGAAUUCUAAUUUUAAUUAAAUAAGAAAUGAAUAUUUAAAUAGAAUAAUAAAGAUCACAAUUAUGCACAUAUA